AUGUUACUCGAUAUUUCUGGUGUGCGCUACAGCUUGCCAAUGCAGAUAUCAAGCUAUCUGGCACUGCAAGACCUUCUACAGCUCUCGAGAUCCUUCAAAGACAUCCGCCAGGCAUUUAUGAGCCGAUUAUCAACUGCUAUGUGGAAGGCAGCACGUAAAACCGUGAACUGUCCUCCUCCGAUAGCUGGUUUCUUGGAACCAGCCUGGGCCAAUCUAUUAUUUAUGAACGUGUGCCACAUAUGUCUGCAUAUUCUUUUCUGA